GCUGGAAGAGGCGGGAGAGUGAGGGAAAGACUGGAAGACGAGGCCGAGCGGCCGGAGCCGGCCCCAUGGCCGUGUUCGACACGCCCGAGGAGGCCUUCGGGGCCCUGCGUCCCGUCUGCGUGCAGCUCACGAAGGCGCAGACGGUGGAGAACGUGGCGCAGCUGCGGGCGCAGCUGCGGGCCGUGAGCGACUCGGCCCUGCAGGAGCUCCAGCAGUACGUGCUCUUCCCCCUGCGCUUCGCCCUGAAGACGCCGGGCCCCAAGCGAGAGCGCCUGGUGCAGAGCGUGGUGGAGUGCCUCACCUUCGUGCUGGCCGCCACGUGCGUGAGGGAGCGCGAGCUGCUCCGGGAGCUCUUCUCGGAGCUCUCGGCCUGCCUGUACUCGCCCAGCGCCCAGAAGCCCGCAGCCGUGUCCGAGGAGCUGAAGCUCGCGGUGGUCGAGGCCCUCGGCACCUUGAUGCACUCGGCCUACGGGGACGUCAUCCUGGCGUUUUACGAGCCCGCCGUCCUGCCUCGUUUAGGCUUCGCCGUGUCCUUGCUCCUGGACCUGGCCGAGCAGGAGAAGUCCAAGCAGAUUAAAAAGGCGGCCCUGAGGUGCUUGCAGGUGCUGCUCCUGCAGUGCAGCUGCCCGGACCACCCGAGGGCCUGGGAAGGGCCGGAGGAGGAGCAGCAGCUGGGGGACUUGUUCGCCUCUUUCUUACCGGGAAUCUCCACCGCCCUCACCCGGAUCAUCCUCGGCGACUUCAAGCAAGGGCACGGCAUCGUCGUGUCCGCCCUCAACAUCUUCUACAAGACAGUGAGCUUCGUUGUGGCCGACGCCCAGCUCGGCAGGACCCCCAAGGUCCACGCCAAGCCGGCCGUGGAGCCCCGGGUGGCCGAGCUGAUGGUCCACCGGGCCGAGGACUGGGUCAAGAGCACCGGCGCCAAGUUGACCGUCCUCAUCAAGAAGAUCGCCGAGGCCGUUUCCGUCCACCCGCACUGGCGGGUGCGGCUGGAGCUCGUGGACCUGGUGGAGACCCUCCUCCUGAAGUGCAGCCGGUCGCUGCUCGAGUCCGCGGGGCCCCUCCUGAAGGCCUUGGUGGGUCUCGUCAACGACGAGAGCCCCGAAGUCCAAACCCGGUGCAGUCAAGUUCUGCGACGCUUUGCAGAGCAGCAGGUCGUGGCGGGCAGCCGGGCCCUGGCCGACGUCCUGGCCGAGAACCUGCAUUCGCUCGCCACGUCUCUGCCCCGCCUCAUGAACUCCGUCGACGACCAGGGCAAAUUCUCCACCCUCUCCUUGCUGCUCGGUUACCUGAAGCUCUUGGGCCCGAAAGUGGACUUCGUCCUUAACUCCGGGGCCCACCUGCAGCGCCUCUCCCGCGCGCUCAUCCAGGUUCUGGAGUUAGAUGUGGCGGACAUCAAAAUCGUGGAGGCGCGGCACUGGGACCCGGGCCAUCUGAGCGCGUCCCCGGAGACCUCCGCCAGCCGGCCCUGGAACCGCAUGCAGAGGCGAUACUUCCGCUUCUUCACGGACGAGAGGGUCUUCCUGCUCCUGCGGCAGGUCUGUCGGCUCCUCGGUUUCUAUGGGAACCUCUACUUGCUGGUGGACCACUUCCUGGACCUGUACCAGGAGUCUGCGGCUCACCGCAAGCAAGCGGCCAUGAUCCUUAACGAGCUGGUGAUCGGGGCCGCGGGGCUGGAGGUGGACGAGCCCCACGAGCAGCACGUGAAAACCAGCGCCGAGGACCUGCGCGGCAUCGUGACGUCGGUCCUCGAAGAGUACUUGAGCCGGGAAAACUGGUAUCUGGUCACCUGUGUGGAGGCGGAGGAGACGGGAGAGGAGCUCGUGAGGAAGCAGGGCGGCCCCCAGGCCCUGACCGCUGCUGCCCACACCUGCCAAGUGGCCCCUCUGCCCGCCGUCUCAAAGCCCGGCCCCACAGUCUGCACCAUGAACAGCAACAUCUGGCAGAUCUGCAUCCAGCUGGAAGGAAUCGGUCACUUCGCGUACGCGCUGGGAGGGGACUUCCGCCUGCUGUUGGUGUCGGCCCUCUACCCGGUGCUGGAGAAGGCCGGAGACCAGGCCUUGCUCAUCAGCCAGGCCGCGACCAGCGCCAUGCUGGACAUCUGUCAGGCUUGCGGCUACGACUCCCUGCAGCACCUGAUCAACCAGAACUCGGACUACCUGGUGAACGGCAUCUCCUUGAAUCUGCGUCACCUGUCCCUGCACCCCCAGACCCCCAAGGUCUUGGAAGUCAUGCUGCGGAACUCCGAUGCCAGCCUGCUCCCUUUGGUGGCAGACGUGGUGCAGGACGUCUUGGCCACCCUGGACCAGUUUUACGAUAAGAGAGCGGCUUCCUUUGUCGGCGUCCUCCACGCCCUGCUGGCGGCAUUAGCCCAGUGGUUCCCAGCCCCAGAGACCCUCCUCCUGCAGCUCCAAGAGCAAAGCCCAGGGGAGGAGGGAAGACCACCUGCCGAAAAGGGGCUUCAGAAGACCCCCACCGCCGAAGACAUUGAACGCUUUCUGCUCGACUACCUCAAGGAAAAAGACACAGCCGCCGGGAAUGUCUCCGACGGUGACGACGAAGAGGAGGACUUGGGCCCGCCCCCCGCCGACGAGCCUGACCCCGGCCCCCACGUGGAGCCGCCACUGCCCGUGCAGGUCCAGAUAGCCACAGCCGUGAUGGAGCGCUGCAUCCACUUACUGGCGGACCCGAGUCUGAAAAUCCGCUUGAAGGUCUUGGAUGUGCUGGAUCUGUGUGUGGUGGUGCUGCAGGCCCACAAGAACCAGCUCCUGCCCCUGGCGCACCGGGCCUGGCCCUCGCUCGUGCACCGGCUCACAAACGAUGACCCCCUGGCCGUGCUCAGAGCCUUCCAGGUGGUCCGCACGCUGGGAGGUACGUGUGGCGAUUUCCUCCGGAGCCGCUUCUGCAAAGACGUCCUGCCGAAGCUGGCCAGCUCCUUAGGGGCCCAGGCACCCGUCAGUGCCAGGGCCGGCCCCAUCUACUCCCACACGCUGGCCUUCAAACUGCAGCUGGCUGUCCUGCAGGGCCUGGGCCCCCUCUGCGAGAGACUGGACCUAGGUGAGGGUGACCUGAAUAAAGUGGCGGGUGCCUGCGUGAUUUACCUCAGCGCCAAACAGCCCGUGAAAUUACAGGAGGCUGCCAGGAGCGUCUUCCUCCACUUGAUGAAGGUCGACCCCGACUCCACUUGGUUCCUCCUGCACGAGCUCUACUGCCCGGAGCCGCCAGCGCCGCCCCACCCCAGCCUGCAGCCCGUGCAGCUGCAGGGGACCCCGGCGCCCCAGAACCCCUACAAGGCCAACGUGCUGCGCCUGCUGCGGGAGCUGCCCUGAGCCUCUUCCUCCCACGGGGGCUCC